GCGCGAGAACGGAUCCUGCGACAACGGAGACAGGACGUGUUGGCGCAGCAGGAGGUGGAUGACCAGAUCUUCCAAGUGCUGGCAGAAAAGCAGCAACUACUCCAAGAACAGGAUUGCUUGGUGUACCAUUUUCCAGACAAAGGACAACCAUUCUGGGUCACCAAAAAGGAGUUUGAACAUCGGAUGCAGAUGAUCGACGAUGCCCAUGCUGACCUCCAGGCGAGGAUCAAGGCUCAAGUCACGGUGAGGCUGAAAGGGGCACCGUGGGAAAUCAUGGAUGACAUCAUUGACAUCUCCGUAUCUUUGUCGUUUUUUUAGUUUGUAUCCUC